CACACUUCAUUCUCGUUGGAGACUCUGUCGCUGGCGGUUCGCGAUUUGUGCGCCGGGUUUUGCCACCUCACGUGUGGUUUUGUGCUGGUUUUAUUGAUCAACGGUGAAAACGUUGGAUUGCGUUCAUUCUCUGGUUCGUUCUAUUGCCAUUUCCGUAUCCUGGAAGAUCCUGUCGCCGGAUGUGUGCUGAAUGUGUACGCGAGAGAUAUAGGGAGGGAAGCACAUUCACAAGCACAAGUUAGUGCUUUUCGAAAUCAGUAGGAGUGCGUGCUUGUGGGAUUUUUGGGGGUGGUGAAUAUUUAUUCUCGAUAAGGAGUGGAAAACAAAUAGGCAUCUCGUUAUUACCAUCUGUCUACUGUAGACUUUCGGGGGAUUGUGAAAAGUUAUUGUGAGCAGAAAAGAGCUCUCUUGUGCGUACUGGUAAUUCGAAGAAAGUGAAUUUGAUCGAAUUUGACCAAGUGUAAAGUGCUUAACACCUCGUUCUCGAGGAAGAAAUCUUCUGAUUGGAUGUGUGUAUUGUUAAAGGGAUUUGGUUGAAACGAGAAGAGGAUCACUUCUGGCAUAUGACAACCCAUUGGCUUAUUUCCGUUUGAAGAAAAUUUCCCAACUGUUUCGUCUCUGUUUGCAUCUACGGAACGUCUCCUGCGAGAUUCAAGACGAGUUGCUGUUAUCAUCAAACUGUUGCAAAGAACGAAGCAUUUUCCAGCGACACAAAAGAAGUUCGGAGCUUUUUUUUCGUGUGUGGAUGUGGAUAGUGAAGGUUACAUGUGAAACGAGGCAAAAUUAAUGCGAAGAAUUUAGAUUUAUGUCCCCGACGUUACGUUCUGGUUGGAGUCUGCGAAGUGGAAAGAUUUAUUCGCUGUCAACUUAAUCGUUGGUUACCAGCAUCAGUAGUGUUGGGUGGGUGAUGGAAAAGUGAGCUUGUUGUGCCGAUGUAAGCUGAAUUUAAAUUCUGUUUUCCAGUGUGCAGAAAAGUCUGGCUCCUGAGAGCAAAUAAAUUUUCCAAUAAACCAUUCCCGAAGAAAUUUAUUAGCUGAAGUGAAAUUCUAUCGGGUUCAACUAUCUCAGAAAAUCAUACAAUUGCUCGCAAAUCGUAAAAAAGAUAACCAGUGAGCAAUCUUACUACUCAGUGAAGUUUUUACGAGAAGAGCCACUAAACGAAGUCGUAUAAAAAGUUUCCUCAAAUCGGUGCGGUUGUUAUUCCUCAACAAAGCUGAAGUUGAGUCGUGGUUUUGGGUGAAAUUUAAUUGGUGCAAGUUUCGUGUCGUUAAACACUUUAUUGGGAAACGAGAAAACUUGGCGCUCAUUUCACUGAUGCUGGAUGCUGGUUACCCCAUAAGUGGAUUGCGGUAAAAAGUUAAGCUUACCAAACGUCGAACAUCUCGAACGGAUUAACCUUCUGACCCGGUGAUUGGGACGAAAGGCGAGCGAAUAAUGCUGUUCUAAGAGUCCGUUAUCAUAAAGUUUGAAAAGGGACGAUAUUAUCCGGAGAUCUGUUUGGCUGACAGCUACAAAAAGUUUCUUCUCCUUUCUUCCUCAGAAAAUCAAUGGACCUGACGCGACAAGCAAUCGCUUGAAGUCACUUGUUUUGUGAUAGCAUUGAUCGAACACACGAGCAGAAGCAGUGCGAAGAGACGUCAGAGGUGUAGAGGUCACGUCAGGGCCCAAGAGCCAAUCGCAUUCCUAAAGAAACAUUCAACCUCACCGGCUUUAUUAAAAGCUAUAUAUCUAAACCAAGAUGACACACCUUCAGCGGCACCGAUUGGAGUCGGUCAGCGACCACAGUGCCAGUGCUCCGUCCACAUCGAGCAAAUCGGACAGUUCGGACGGGUCGGCGUCGGAAAUUUGCGAAGCCAUCCACGAGUGGUCCCUGGAUGCGGCCAGCGAGUCCCAGUCGAUUCCCAGUCAGAACAGCAGCGGCGAGAGUAGCUCCAGUGGUAGCAGUAGUGGGGGCCAUCGGCAUCAUCACCACCACCAUCACCACCAUGGGCAUCACAACAACCAUCGGCACAGCAAUCAACAGCUGCAGCAGAAGCAGCCCUUCAAUGGGAACUACAUCAACGAAGAUGACAACGAACUGGAGUACAGCAAGCACGAUCUGAUCAGUCUGGACGGGGGCAUGAUUACCGACUUUGAGCGAGCUCAAGUGGAGAGCUUCUUCAGCGGAUUGGGCACCGAGGUCUACGUUAGCACAUCCCUGGCCAAUCUGUACGAAAGCAUCGGCAAAGACGACUGGCGUCUGGUCUACACGGGCAUUCCGGUUCUGCUGCACGACAAAGGAUGCACCCGAUCCCGCUGUACACCGCGGGUGAGCUUCGUCCUGGCGGAAAGGGGCACCUGCUUCGCCCUCUGGAAGGACACCAUCGACAAUCUGUCGGACUAUAAGGUCGCAGCGGCAGCUUUUCACACCAUGUGUCUCUCGGCAGAUCACCGCAAAGUGAUUGGCUUCAGCUUUGACUCGAACCAAGCCGCCCGAGAGAUGUGGGUCCGGGUGGAGGAACUCAUCAGCAAUCCGGAGAACAUUGCCCUGUCCGUUCCGGGCCGGAAGCGAAAGUCCAAAAAAGCGGCCAAGCCCAUCAUUCUCCCGCCAAAGUCGCAAAUUUCGCAGCCCUGUCAGUUCCACCACGUUACCAGCGUUACCACCAACGACACCCCGCGUUACUUCAGCUUGCAGGCGUUUGUGGCCCCACCGGUCAAGCAUCGGGAACCCUAGGGGCAGGCCAAUGGCCGACCAUUUUAUAACUUUUUAUUUCCAUAAUUUUCAUAAUUAGCCACUUGGUGGGCAAAUGUCGGUCACACGUAUCAUAUACAUUCACACAAACGAAUAUUAUGAAUAUUGAUAAGGGUUAUGAUUUUAAAUUAAUGGGCACUGAUUAACAGAGCAUCACUUUAGCGUUUUAAUUUGACCGUUUAAGGAUAAACGAUGAACGGGGAUUUUAAUUUUACAUCAGUGAUUUCCGAUCAGGAAAAUUAAUUUGACUACGAAAAGCCAUCAUUGAUUGUUGGCACUUCACGGGUUUGUCCUCGCUUGAGACUUGUUUCCGACGUUUCACAAUCGAAUUGACAAAAUGAUGAAGACUAUCGAUGAAGAUAUAUUAGAGUACCAUAAGCUAGUGCUAUUAUUAAUUAUCAACUGUUUUAACAUAAAUCACAAGGCAAAUCAAAGAACGCAGAGAUUUAUCUAUCUUUGAAUGUGAUUAACUGAGAGAAAAAAUCAUUAAGAAGAAAAAAGGGAAAGUAAGAAAAACAAGCAUGGAGUAUGAUCACUCUAACUAGUUGUACAAUGGUGUACAUAUUGUGUCUGUGAUAAAUUGAUGGUAUGCAUUAACUGAGUGAAAGCAUAAUAACAAAAGACAUGUCUAUCAUCGUGAACAAAAAAACGAAAAAAAAAUCCUCAGUAAACGAAUAAACAGCAAUAUAUGUAGAAAUCAUGCGCUCCGUAGGAACGAUUCCAGAAGAAUAUUUUAAUUAAAGUUAUGAACACGAUUUCAUCCCACCAAUCACAGGAUGUGACGGAAUCCAUUGUCAAUCUCUUAAUUAAAACGGCAAAAUUUCCUCGAGCACUUUAAUUUAAUUCGACUUAUACCGCUUUGUGCUCCUCCCGAAAAAAGCCAUUUUUUUCCCAUCAAUGACACAAUAAAAUUUCAUCCAACCACAAUGUGACCCGAAGGGAGGAAUUAACGAAAACCGAACAUGACCAGCAGCUGGAUGGAUUUUUUUAAAUUGAAAAUCCAUUUUUCAGAGAAACAAUUAAACCGAUAAACGGUAGACGAGAAAAGCAUUCUUCAAUCGCCAUUCAUAGUGAAUAUCCAGUUCUAUUGAUGUAAUGGAGAGUAUGUUUGACCAGUAGAGUUAAGUUAUAAGUUUGUAGAAAAUGCUGUGCUGUAAAUAGCAAAAUUUGUUUUAUUUAUACCAUCAAGAAACAGUUAGUUAUGCGAGCACAAAUUCACACGCUGCUAGAAUAAGACCUUCCGGUAUUCGCGGGAGUUUUAUCUUACUCUGAAACAUAGUCAUCUUUAGGUGGUAAGAUUGCAUUAAAAAACAUGAAAUUUGACUUAAGUUAUGCAAAAUGUAUCUUGCUGUGUAAAUAAUUCCAUUCAUGUAAGUUUAGAUACUGAAAUAAAGCAGAUAAGUGCAAA